AUGUCUUUCAAUGGCGGUUCCCUUGGCGUUCCUGGUUCUGGUUUCGCGUCUCGUGGGAAGGGUUCUCACAUCAAACGUCUCAGUGUCCCUCACCCGUCAAAUAUUGGGUCCAUUAAUGAAUCUACGUCGUCCCCUUCAGUUACCACGCCACGCACUAGUCGUUCCCAUCUCCUGGCUGGACUGAGAACUGCUCCAAAGCAUUCUCCGGCACCCGCCACUGCUCCCUUGUCCCAUCAGCAGCCCCACCCAUCGUUGGAUCAUUCCAGAUAUGGUGCUCAGCCAAAUUCCUAUGUCCAGCGCGUCCCUAUGACAUCAACUGGAGCAUUGUUUCCCAAUCACGCGAAUUCAUUCGGCUCCCAGUCAAACAGUAGACAUCAAAUGUACUCCUUGCCAGAACACGUACUUCCACCUCCCACAAUUGAUCUCCCAAUUGACGAGAAUGGAGAACCGAUUGACGAAAAGUUGUAUGCAGAGCUGGUUUCGACAAACCUUUUCCUUGCUGCCCAACAGCAACGUCUGCAGGAACAGCUAGCCUCAGUCACAGCUGCCGCACAGCAAUUCCAAGGGUUGAACCUUGGUUUUUCGAUGGCCUCUCAGCAGCAAGUGAUGUCACCAACCACCCCGGGAGUGGGUUAUUACCAGCAGCAAGCACAACUGGGCAUGCAACCAGUUGUGCAGCCGGUGCCUGGACACCCUGGCCUGUUCUCUGUCUACAAUCCCAUGACUGGCCAGCAGAACUUUGUCAUGGACAACAGCCUGCCACAACAGCAGCAGCAGCAGCAGCAGCACGAGGAUCCUUCCUCAACGAUCUACCACGAGCAGUUCCAGUCUCCUGUGGCGGAAACUCCAACUUUCCAUGCUGAAGUCUCCCCUCCCCCGGAGUCAAGUCAAUCGCCUGUCCAUUACAAACCAUCUCCCUCACCACCAAGAACUGCCCCAUCCCCUCCACAAGAAGUCACCCCACUUCCUCCACCGUCUGCCAACGCCUUUCGUCGCAAUCAUAAGAAGGCACCCUCUUUGGUUUCCGCUCUAAAGAUCAAUAGCGAUACAAAUAAAACUGCUCCCAAAACCGCCCCACUGCCCACUCCUCUGACAGGCACCUUUGGCCCUGGCCAAGCCCGUGCCGGCGAACACCCUAUCCGCCAACCCCGUGGACCUCCUUCACUCGAAGAACUUAUCGAAAAACCAACCUCGAAGCACGAGGGAAGUAAGAACUUUGCCACCCGCCAGCGACGACGUGCUGUCCACAAUCUCGUGCGGGCCGGCUUAGAGAGGCGUGGAGAAUCUCGGGGCUCCCCCAAUACAGGCAGUAAUAGCGGUGGAAGCCUGACGCCAUCCAGCGAUGUCGAAUUUAAUUUCUCAGGUUCCGACGGCGAUGACUCUUCUGGUAACCGGAGUGGGGGCAGCUUGUCCAGCAAGCCUAGUCUGGGGAGUAUCCGCGCAGCAGUCAACGGUGCUAUUGGAUCAGAGAGGAAAGAGAAGGAGUGGAGUUAUCGUGGCUCUGGCUCUGGGUCGGGUACUCCCAACGGUCCCGUGCGUGGCGCGUCGACGGAUAGCCUAUAUACGACUGCGACAAUUAGCAGCGAUGAGGGCGGGCUUGUGGGUGGUAAGUUGAUGGAGAUUCGCCCGGAUGAUGCCACUGCUGCGAUGGGCGCUUUUGGUAGGGUCCCGAGACGUCAAUUGUCGCCAUCAUCGACAACACCAACUACGGCAGCUGUAGUGGCUGGCCAUGCUGUGGCGCCUAAUAUGGGCCAAGGUGGUAACGGUAUUGUUGAUGCUAAUGGUAACGGACGACGGAAGAUGCCCAUGUUUGUUUUGUCUAGUGCUGAGAAGAGAAAAAGUCCUAUUAAUUGA